AUGCACUGCGCCGAGCCGCAGGGAGCGCCGGGAGCCGAGCCGCUGCCUCGGGCGGCAGAGCCUCCCCGCCCGCCCGCAGCCGCGGUGAGCUGCGCCCGGCGGAGGCGGUCGCCGCGCCGGGCUGCGCCGGGGAGCGGCCGCGGCUGCCGGCGAGAGCGCGGUCCGCGGGCACGUCCCUGCUCUACGGCGGACGCGAGUGCGCCGCCGCUCCGCGCCGCUCCGCGCUCCCGGCAAGGGCUCAGGCCACCAGCGGUAAUUGGCCAGUUCCACACUCUUUUCUUUGGCUCAGUUUGUAUGUUUUUCCUUGGCAUUUUGGGCUUUGCUGUUUGUGGAAGUGAGGCUUUGCAUUUCAGCUGAGACCCAGACAAGGGAGAGGUUAAUCUUUUCUGUUACAACUGGUUAAGGCCUAUAACUCCUCAGGUGUUCCGGGCGUUGCAGCUAGUGAGUGUACUCUUACCUGAAGCAAUUUUUCACCUUUAUGCUGCAUCUAAGAGUAUCAAACAGGAAGAUAUCCUCCAAAAGCCUUUCUACACUGUUUUUUUAAUCUUCUCUGUUUUGUAAAGGAUUAUCCUUGAAGUUGUGUUUUUUUGGCUUCCAAUUCAACUCUUUGGUUUUGAAGUGAACCAAAUCUGUGUGUGUGAUGUGGAAGCACUUGAUAAAAAGUUUAACAUUAGCCAAUGCAUGGUACCAGAGUACUUUGAAAAGACAAUUUUUCUUAUUGCUAUGUACACGUUUACUGUGAUUGCGGUCUUGUGUGUUGCUGAAAUAUUUGAACUCUUAUGUAGAAGGCUAUGUUUGUUAAAAAAUCAGUGAUGUCACUGCACUUUAAUCACUCCUAAUCAUUUAUCAUCUGUCAGUCUGUGUUUUUAUAACAAAGACCUUAAGCUAUGAAAAAGAGCUUUUCCUGUCCACAUCCGGUGUUUCACAGAACUACCCUGAUGUGAACUUUGCUGAGAACUACCCAAGUGAUUACUGCUGCAGGAUA